AUGUGCAGCGCGGUUGGGCUGGACACCGGUUGUUUUGCUUUUGCCAGGAGAAAGAAACUGAGAAUGGCUUCUCUAAAUGAGGACAGAGCGUUUAAAACCCCGAUUCGAGGCCGGGUGAGGAGCUCUGGGAGCAGCGGAAAUGGGACUCCCAUCACCAUCCCUGCUUCACCUUUCAUGAAGAAGCUGGGCUGUGGGACUGGAGUCAGUGUUUACCUCAUGGAUAGAGUGGGGAAGUUAAACUCCUCUCCCUGGGCUGUGAAGAAGAUCAACAGCAAAUGUGCAUCCAAACAGGUUGAGGUUUACCAGAUGCGUCUGAAUGAGGAAGCAGAGCUCCUGAAGGGAAUCAACCAUCCAAACAUUGUUGGUUUCCGCGCCUUCACCACGGCAAAAGACGGCUCAAAGUGUCUGGCUAUGGAGUACGGAGGCGAGCAGUCCCUCAACGACCUCAUCGAGAAGCGGAGGGAGGACGGACUGACAGCGUUUCCUGCUGCCUGCAUAGAGAAGGUGGCUCUGCAUGUGGCACGAGGCCUGAAGUACCUUCACAAUGAGAAGAAGCUUCUGCAUGGCGACAUGAAGUCAUGUAACAUUGUUAUCAAAGGGGAUUUUGAAACGAUCAAAAUCUGCGACGUUGGCGUUUCUCUGCACCUCGAUGAGAACAUGAGAGUGUCCGACCCAGAAGCGGAGUACGUCGGCACAGAGCCGUGGAACCCGAAGGAAGUUCUGGAGGAGGGAGGAGAAAUCACGGAUAAGGCCGACAUCUUCGCCUUCGGUCUGACUCUGUGGGAGAUGAUGACUCUGUCCAUGCCGCACCUGCAGAUGCUGGACGACGACGAGGAAAACGAGGAUGAUUCGAUGGAGAUGAGCUUUGAUGAGGACGCCUACUAUGAGCGUUUGGGGACGCGGCCGCCGCUGGACGCUGCGUCGCUGGGCGGCUCGUACCGCAGGAUGGUGGAGCUCUUCUGUCUUUGCACUGAGGAAAACCCCAAGAAGAGACCUUCAGCAGCGCAGAUCGUCCAGGUCUUGGAGGAAAAUGCUGCCCUGGACCAAGCACCAUGUGACGUGAUCGUUAUUGACUGAUGGUGACCAUCCUCCUUCCAACCCCAAAGUAAUAUUUUGAUCUUUAUAUGUAUGUUUUCCAGCUGAUUUCUAUAUUGUCGCCUUGUACUUCAAUCUUUAACUUACAAUAAACUUUGUAAAAAUGCUCCU